AUGGCGCUUUAUCUUCUGUUUCGUCUUGUUGUUACUACCUUGAUUUUCAUGCAAACUCUGGCAGACACUUCAUGCACCGAUUGUUUCAUUCAUUCUCGGGCAGCAUAUUAUCCAAAUUCUGAAGAACACGGGACAGAUGUUGGUGCGUGUGGGUUUGGUUCCUUUGGUGCUACGUUCAAUGGCGGGGAUGUAUCAGCUGCAUCUGAUCUUUAUCGAAACGGGGUUGGUUGUGGCGCCUGUUACCAGGUGAGGUGUAGCAACAGUGCGUAUUGCUCAGACAAGGGUGUUAACGUAGUUAUAACUGACCAAGGCUCAAGUGAUCACACUGAUUUUAUUCUUAGCAAACAUGCCUUUGGCCGGAUGGCUCAAACCACUGAUGCAGCUUCUUCUCUAUUAGCACUUGGCGUAGUUGAUAUUGAAUAUAGACGUGUUGCAUGCAGCUAUCCGUAUAAAAACAUAACAUUCAAGAUAGAUGACAGCAGCAACAACCCCCAUUACUUGGCUUUUGUCAUUUUGUAUCAACAAGGAAGGAGAGACAUAACUGCUGUGCAGCUCUGUGAGACUCAAAACUUUGUCUGCAAGUUACUGGAUCGUAGCCAUGGAGCAGUCUGGACUACUACCUCUCCACCAAGUGGACCUUUGUCUGUAAGGAUGCUAUUUAGUGAUGAAGACGAGGGAGAAGAAACGUGGGUUGUUCCUGUCAAUAACAUACCUGAAGACUGGAAGGCUGGGGAAACAUACGACUCAGGGGUACAAGUGAACCUAUAGAGAAA